UAAAUAAAGGUUAUCAACGUAAACCUUAAAACGUGUGUUGUUUUUGUAAAGUAAAGUUGAAAAGGGCCACAACUAUGACGUACGAACUGUUUCUUGUGAUAUAGGUUUGAAUUUGUGAUAGGUGUGCAUAGAUUAAAGAUGGACCGUUGUUUCACUCUAUACGCUUCUUUACAUUGUACAUUACCAACACAAUUUUCAUUUUUCUAGUUUCGAAAUAGUGAAAUUUUGAGACCUUCGAUGCGAAUUAAUGUAGUACCGAAUGUUUGUAUGUAUGAGGUUAUGACGCGGCUUUAUUUGCCAUAUAAUUUGAAAAAUUUAAUAAAAUGAACGAACGAUUUAAAGAACCCGUGUUAUAUGUUGGAAAUGUUAGUGAAAAUGAUAUUAAUACAUCUGGUUUUCCAGCAAAUGGCGAAGAAUACUUAAAAAGAGUCAUAUUAGAAGCCCGACAAUGCGAUGAAGUUGUAUUUGCAAAGAUUGAUGAAAAUCGAUUAACAAAGCCAACGUUAAAUGUUAAACCAUUACCAGAAUGUGCAAAAGCACCAGAAUAUAUUAAACCAACACAAGAAUGGCAGAAAUGUCAAAUUGUAGAUUUUUCAAAUACAAGAUUGUACAUUGCACAAAUAAGGGAUGAAAUAACAAAUUAUAAGCGAAGUAAAAUAACAUUCAAUAAUAAACUGCCAAAUAUUAAAAAUCAAAGUGGUUGGAUUAAUAUAUGUACUGACUCUAACGAAGAUAAAUCUUUAUACAUUGAGCCGACGCUCAGCGUUAUUUUGACAAUGAAUCAAUCAAUGAUCGAACAGGUUUUGGAAUAUUUGAUUGAAUUUCUUGAAGAUCAGAAAUCGGUUAAACCACAAUUAGGCAGAUGGUUAUAUGCACUUUUGGUGGCUUUAGAAUUGCCACUAAAUCCAGACAUGUGUUCGUGUUUAAGAUCUUUGGCAAGAACAUGUUCAGAAAUAAGAUCUCAUUUGGAUUCUUCGGAUGUAAAUGAUGCUUUAUCAUUGAAUUUAUUUAUCUGUUUAAUCGCAAGAUAUUUUAGACAAUUAGAUUUAGCAGAUCCAUAAUAUUUUUAUUGUCUUAUAAUAAAUUGUAUGAUUUUUUUAAUA